AUGUUUAAAUCCAAUUUUGAAAAACUACUCGAUAAAGUGACCAGCAAUUUGUUGUUGGAAGCAGAUUGGCCUACAACAUUAGAAAUAUGUGACACAAUACGGCAAAAAGAUGUUCAACCAAAAUUUGCACUCAAUGCUAUCAAGAAAAAAUUGAUUAGUCCAAAUCCUCAUACCGCCAUGUAUAGCUUACUGGUCUUGGAAUGUUGUGUUAAAAAUUGUGGUCAAUUAGUACAUGAUGAAGUUGGAACUAAACCUUUUAUGGAACAAAUAAGAGAAAUUAUAAAAACUACUCCACAUGAAAAUGUUAAAAACAAAUUACUUGAACUAUUACAGACUUGGGCUUUUGCUUUCCGAGCUAUUCCCAAAUAUUGUGCUGUUCAGGAUACAGUCAACAUAAUGAAAGCUGAAGGUUAUACAUUUCCUGCACUUAAAGAAAGUGAUGCUAUGUUCAGUUCAGAUGUAGCUCCUGGUUGGGAAGAUUCUGAUUGCUGUCAUAGAUGUCGCGUUAAAUUUGGAAUGGUGCAACGCAAACAUCAUUGUCGUGCUUGUGGCCAAGUUUUCUGUGCACAAUGUUCAUCACGCUCUUGUACAUUACCAAAAUUUGGUAUUGAGAAACCUGUUCGUGUUUGUGAAGCUUGCUUUGAAAAAUCACAAAAACCGCAAAUGAACAAAGGAUCAGAAGAUUUACCUAUAGAAUAUCUUACUAGUUCUUUGGCUCAACAAAAUCAAAUACCGGCAGCCAAUAGAAAAACAGAAGAAGAACUAAGAGAAGAUGAAGAAUUACAAUUGGCUUUAGCCUUAUCCCAAUCUGAAGCAGAACAACAAAAAGCAAUACCUUUUAUGAAUUCUACUUCAACACCAGCUACAAGAUUAUAUUCUUCACCACCAGUAAUUGAAAAAAAAGUUGAGGUUGAGGCUGAAGAUGAUCCAGAAUUGGCACAUUAUUUAAAUCGUUCAUACUGGGAAAGUCUAAAAAUUGGAAAUAUAGCCAAGGCAAUGCAAACAAAAGUGACUCCAACAAAUGUGAACACCACUGAGUCACCAAAUAACCAAAUUAGUCCAGCUAUGAAUAAUGAACAAACUGAUGACUCAGAGGAAAUGGAAAUGUUUAUAACUUCUGUUAAAUCACAGUUGGAAAUUUUUGUUAAUCGUAUCAAAUCAAAUUUAAGCAGAGGUAGAACUGUUAUUAAUGGUGGUUCGUUGGAGACAUUUUACUCUAAGAUUACUCCAAUGCAUCAAAAGUUAUUGCAAUAUAUUCAACAACAAGAUGAAAAAAGAUUAUAUUUUGAAAGGUUACAAGACAAAUUAGUUCAAGUUAAAGAUACACGGGCUGCAUUAGAUGCUAUGAGAGAUGAUCAUAAAGCUGCAAUUCAACAAGAAGCUGCUUUUGCUGAACAACAGAGGCAGAUUCAGUUAGCUAUGAAAUUGGAUGUAUUGAGACAGAGAAAACAACAGUACCAACAUUAUCAACAUCAAAUGACUCUUCAACAAGUCCAACAACAAGAACAAGAAAUGGCUAUGCGAAUGGAACAUCAGAGACAAAACUAUCUUAAUAGUAAUAUGUAUGGCCCGAAUUCUUUGCCAAGUAUGCCUACUGCACCUAAUCCUUACAUGUCAUCUGGUCCUAAUUCAUUAAUGUCAUCUCAAAUACAAGAUAAUGGUAUAAGGUAUCCACAGUCGACAGAACCGGCUCACUUUCAGCAUAUUCCUCAACCUCAAGGUUUUGUUGCUGCAAGACACAUGAUACCUCAAAAUCCAGGUUCAAUCCUAAACAACCAACCAGUGAAUUUACCUUCUAAUGAGUCCAGUAACAUGUCACAAGUUAACUCAAAUAUUCCUCAGCCUAUUUAUCAACCACGAAUGGCACCUAUGACAAGCACAAUCAAUUCAACAGUUUCUGUUAGUCCAUCAAUUAGUUCCAUGCACCAACAGCCACUUCCUGGUGUUAGUUCUCACACACAGUCCAUGAUGCCUGGUCAUCAACAACCCCAAAUGCCAAAUAUGGGUCCACCACAACACCCGCUUCCCGUCGGACAACCAAUGAUACCCAAUCAACAUCAACAGCCAAUGUUGGGUCAGAUGUCUACUAUGCCUUAUGGUGGACCAGUUCACAUGGGACAGUAUGGUGCACACCAAAUACCUAGUCAGCAAGUAAAUCCACAGCCGUCCGCUCCAAAUCAAGUAGAACAGCCCAAAAUUGAGCAACCUCAGGUUGCAGAGUUAAUAAGUUUUGAUUAAUUAAUUUAAUGUUUUGCAUUCCAAAUAUACACAUUUUUAACAUUUAUUUAAAAUUAACAUUAUAU